GCGAGGGAGGGAGGCGCCCUGGGCCGCCCCGGCCUCCCCGGUUAGGGCCUCGGGGUUAGAGCCCCUCCGCGCCCGCUGUGCUCGUCCCCGCGACGGGGCGGCGCCGCGCCGCAGACCUGGGGGUCGCAGGUGCUCGAGCCCCGGGCCAGGUGGCUGUUCCCGCGGGGGGAAAGGCUGGCGGGCGGCGCCAGCGGCGGGGGACACAGGCGGGGACCGAGCGGCCUCCUGGGCGCGGUGCGGAGCCGCAGCGCGAAGCUCUUGAAAAGGACAUCAAGUGUGAAGUGAACCGGCUUACUCGCAGGCAGCGCUGGAAUCAUGAGCAGUAACGGAACAGACCUAACCAUUGGUUUCAUCUGCUGCUUUGUAGCCGUCCUUUUGUUUGGCUCAAAUUUUGUACCGCUUAAAAAAUAUGAGACUGGUGAUGGAAUGUUUCUCCAGUGGGUACUUUGUGCUGCCAUAUGGUCAAUUGCCCUUGUGGUCAAUCUGAUACUACAUUGCCCUAAAUUUUGGCCUUUUGCAAUGGUUGGGGGCUGCAUUUGGGCAACAGGGAACAUCGCUGUUGUCCCAGUUAUCAAAACCAUUGGUUUAGGCCUUGGAAUCUUAAUCUGGGGAUCAUUUAAUACAUUAACUGGCUGGGCAAGCUCAAGGUUUGGUUGGUUUGGAAUGGAUGCAGAAGAAGUAUCAAACCCGGUGCUAAAUUACAUUGGAGCUGGAUUAUCAGUAGUAAGUGCUUUCAUAUUUUUGUUCAUCAAAAGUGAAAUACCAAAUAACACGUGUUCGGUGGACACCACACCAUUAAUGACAGAGCAUGUGAUCAACAGCAGUCAAGAUCCCUGUCCUGAUUAUUCCUGGGUGGAUAAACUUUCUAGAGCACAGCAGCGUACAGUGGGCUGCAGUCUUGCAGUGAUAUCUGGAAUACUCUAUGGGUCUACGUUUGUGCCAAUAAUUUAUAUCAAGGACCACAGCAAAAGAAAUGAUAGUAUAUACGCAGGGGCAAGCCAAUAUGAUUUAGACUACGUUUUUGCACACUUCAGUGGCAUCUUUUUUACAAGCACAGUCUACUUUCUGGCCUACUGUAUAGCCAUGAAAAAUAACUUUAAGCUAUAUCCUAAAGCAGUCCUGCCAGGAUUCCUGUCAGGAGUUCUUUGGGCAAUAGCCACCUGCUGUUGGCUCAUAGCCAACCACUCUCUCAGCGCUGUGGUCAGUUUUCCAAUAGUCACUGCGGGUCCAGGAUUUAUAGCUGCAAUGUGGGGUGUCUUCAUGUUUAAGGAAAUAAAGGGUCUACAAAACUACCUAUUGAUGAUAUUUGCAUUUUGCAUCAUCUUGACCGGAGCAUUAUGCACGGCUUUCUCUAAAGUCUAACAAUCCCAAGACCAGCAGAUGGCAGCAGUGGGCAAGAGGACACUGCUGCAGGACUGGGCCCGAUUAUGCUGAGAACAGAGUUCAUUUUCAUACAGCAAAUGGAUCUCUACCCGUCUUGGACUGGGUAAAUGAUUUUUUUUCACAAAUGUAAGAAUAAAGGAAAACUAAGUCUCAGUCAAGUAUAAAAAUGAAAAAUUCUUCUAAUGAACUGUUUAUGAAGGUAAGACUUCACCAGGUGGCUAAAAUGUCUUCAUUCUUACAGCAUCAUCUGAGAGUGCUCCUUUUACCACAAUGUGCACUCGGUCUUGAGCAAGCUGCAAAACACUGAGGGGCUCACAUACACAGAGAAUUUUUGUACAUGUCCAAGUUUCCAACAUAUUGCCCUCAUUACUGAAGAGAGGCAGAAAAAUGUUGGGGAGAGACAUGGGGAGUCAGAUGUCUGGAUCCUUUGCCAGAGAAAGUAAAUGUCAGAGUUGGUAACUGGGUAUUAAAAAGGCCAUUUCAUUUUUAGGCCAAAUUUAUCUUUACUUCAAAUUAAUAUUGUCCAACUCUACAUCCUCCACUCAUGCUAACUCAAAAUGCUUUUCUCUCCAGAUAAAAUCCAUCUUCAGAGAACAAAAAGUUCCAGCCAUUGAGAAUAUGUGUAUAACACAUAUACAGACAUAUAUAGGUACACAGUCAUGAACAGACACACAUAUGUCUGCAUGAUUCCAAACUUGGGGGAAAUUCUAGAGUUGCUCCAGCAAGGGUCUAGCUUAUCAAAGUAAGAAUUUACAGGGACCGAACAUACAUCCUUUGUAUGUAAAAUUUAUUAUUUUUUUCUGAAAUAUACUUUUCUAAAAUCCCUCUUUAAACUGGAAGUUUUCGUCCUGUUCUAAAUGGUGGAUUCCAUUAGGUAAAAAAAAAAAAUAACGGCAUGUUAUUUAUAUAUAUAUAUAUAUUCGGAAGAGAUAGAAUAGCAUUCUGCAUAAGUGUAUGCACUCUGGCACUAACCCAAAUGGAUAGAAAUCUUCAUCUUAAUUAUAUGACUUCGAAGAAGUUCCUGAGCCUCCUGUAUCAGAUUGCUCAUCCAUAAAAUGGACAUAAUGAUAAUGAUCAUGAUCAUGGUUAUUGCAAGGUUCAAAUUAAUCAAAAUCUGUAACAUAAAAAAAAUCUGUAACAUAUGUUGAGUGUCUGGCACUUGGCGAACUGUAUAAUUUUUAGCUAUUAUUGUUAUCUACUGUUUGAGAAGGAAAACCUGUCUAUAGGUUGGAGAAUAUUUUGUAGGAGCUACUGCCCUCACCACCAGCCCAUCCAGACACUUAAAAUUCAUUCCUCUAUUUGAGUGCAAUUUAAAAAAUGAUACUAGAGUCUCUAUUUCAUUAUUGAAUUCUUUGAUUGUAACACCUUACAAAAAUUCAUUCUAAUUUUAACUUGAAAUACCAUUAUUUUGAUAACUUUAAAUAAAUUGACACUAUGCAAAAACUAGUUUUCUUAAGUAUAUUUUCAAAUUUCAUAUUGAUAGCAUUUAAUUAUUCUGUAGUUGAGAUGGCCAAUUUAUAUGCAAAAUUUUAAAUGUGAAGCAAAGCAAUUGAGGAAGAAAAAUGAAAAACAAAUCUUAUUACCACUAUACAG